AAAUGUCACAUGGCUCGGUUAGAGGCUUGAGGACAGCAGCGCCUCAUCAUCAGCCGUUAACCACGAGAUCACAAGGAAGAGCAGAGACAGGGGGGAAUUCACCGAGGAGGAUUUCUGAAGCACCCUCAGUAACUCUUUUGUUGGGCAAAGCAUCCUUCACAUUGCUACAGGCCUCACUGGAGACGGUACUCACCAGAACCUAGUUCAUAUCAACACAGGGUUUACUUCCAAGGAGUGAGGAGUUGGAUGCAAGUGAAAAGGGGUGUUUCAAUCUGUGACAUCCACAGCCUCCAGCAUUCUUAUAGCUACUAAUUCCUUGCAGUGCAUCUCUGGCAUGCCUCAUGGUAAGAAGUCCAGUCGAGCCAGGGGAGUCUCAUUGAUACCUCCUCUGUAAAGGGCUUCUAUUGUGGCCUGAAACCCGAGAGCAGUGAGUGUUUACCUGAGCUCCAGAGGGAUGACUCUCCGCAGGCCAGCUGCCCACCUACGGAGAGCCCCGAGCUGGAGGAGAUCGGGAGAUGAGUCCUACUGGGAGAGCUUGAUACCAGAAGGGGAGGUUUUGCCCCGCGUUUCUCCUCCCCAACGUGCACCUCGGCCCCAGAGUGCCAUCGAAGGAGGACGCCAGCUGGACGGAUGGCUGGAGCACCUGCAGAGGAUAGAGAGCGAACUUCUCAGAGCCCCAUGUCACGGUCAGGCUCCGGCUUUCAGUGAUUGGACGACAUCCAUGCCUGCUCUCGACAAAGAGCCAAGCGGACCUGUCUGGAGACAGCCGGAGGUCCCCUCCUACAGCAAGGCCUCGUCUUCGUGUGGGAGUCCCAGCCUGUGUGAGAGCUCGCUGGGCAGCCAGGAGUCCCUCCAAACGGGAUUAUUUUCUCCUCCAGAGCGUAGAGGAAGCUGGGAGAGAGUUCAAAUGAUGCAGACCCCAAGGAAGGAGCAGGCUCAACUCAGUAGUAUGGCUCCAGUCAAAAUCGGCUGGCUGCCAAUCCAAAGAAGAGUCAUGAUGGUGGGCGGUGCUUGUAACCAAAACCAGUCUUCGGACCACUCUGCUGGCCAGGUGAAACUGAAACAAGCCAUCACUCCAACAUUUCAGAAGAAUCGAACAGCCAACAUGCACCAGGAUGGAGAGGUGGAGAAAAGUCACACCAGUCCGAAUGCUUUGGGUGUGAAGACGUGGCAGACACCUGAUCAAGACUCUACCCAUAUUAAUCAGGUGCCAGAAAAACUGAGCUUUCCUGCUAACGAAGAGGACCGACCUGGAGGCUUUCAAGCUCUGAGGAGAUGCUGGAAUACCAACAGGGUGCCAGUUUUCCCUGGAGGCAGUCAAUCCAAUGUGCUCCCCACCGGGACCAGCUCAGUCCCCAACAGGUCCUCUCAGAUGAAAACAACCAGCACGGUCCCCCUCAAGCACGCUCCUGCUCAUCAAACAACUUGUGCUGAUCGCCUGAGAAACAGCACAGAUACGAACAAGUCACAAACGCCUUUGCACAGGACAGGCGGUGUUCAGCCUAUAAGGGCAACAGUCCCGCUGUGUAGAGCAAACAGCGGCUCACAGCCUUCACACAUACAGACAAACUCUGCCGUGACUACGCUCAUCCCUCAGAACAAAGCCGGCUUCUCCUCCAUCACCAUCUCCUCCAGGAAAGUGAGCAGAUCGGCCAGUUUGCCUGGCUCCGGCGCCUGCAACCACUCCGGUGAAUCCAGUUCUCCGUCCAUGGACCCAAACUCCAGGCAGGUGACGGUGCAGAGGAAGGCCACUGUCCUUAAAGUGACAGAGCAAAGGACAUUGUCCAGCCCUUUCUCGAGCACAAAAAACGCGGGGACCCCGCCGGCCAGCCAUGCUUUGGACACAGUGGUCCACAGAAGAAAGGCUACCAUCAUCAAAGUGACAGAGCACAGGGAGAGCUACAGUCCAGCCAAGGAAAGGUCUGGGACGAGGCACCCAGAGUACAGACACAGCUACACAGAGGGGGUGUACAACAAAAACAGCACGUGGAGUGAGGGUAAACAUUCACAACACAGUGCAGCACCUUCACAUCUCCAUCUGGAUUCCACAAAGAGGCCAAACUCUGCUGUAGCACCACACACACCCACUUUGGACCCAGGAAAAAACGAUGGUACACUGCACCGAUCCACGCUGAGUCUUUCUGUGAGCAGCCCCCCUGCUAUAGCAGCGGCCAAACCCUCAGAGGUUUCUCCAAAGGCGGUUGGACAGAGAUUGGACAGGCCGCACAGACCGCUGAGCUGCUAUGGCAAUAUGUUUGGACACACAGAGCCAAGCAGGGAGAACGUGACACAACCAGCGGCCAGGAAAUGGAGCUUUGGGCUCCCACAGGGGGCCAAUAUCAACCCGGUGAACUCCAGCAGUAGUUUUGUCAGCCGUCAAACAGCAGUGGAAGAAGCGGGUCACCUAGUGGCAGACACCCCUAAGCCAAACGGAGGCCAGCAAGAAAGGUUGCCGCCAGAGAAUGCGUUGAGGAGAGCGUCCUCAUGUCUAACUCUCAUCAAGGCCCCGGAUCCCAACUCACAUCAGUCUCAAGAGGAAGUGCUCGCCCUCAAUGCAGCUGCCAUCAUCGCAAAUAUCAAACUCCAAAGGCAACUUAGCAAGAAGAAAACACCAAAUGGCAAAUCUGAGAAGGACUCCGCUGCAUCACCUGAGGGAAAUACUGUGGUUGUGACAGAUGAGGGGAAACGUGUGAAGUCACAUCUGGAUGAAAGAACAAUCCAGCACCACAACCAACCUAAUGGCACUCUUGAAACUGAAAGCUCACCUAAAACUAUUUCUUUACAGGACGCACUGCAGAGGUCCAGGCCAGACUUCAUCAGUCGUUCCCAGGGCAGGCUGCGAGAGCUGGAGCGAAGGGCACAGGAGAGGAGGGAUCAGGCUGAUUCGGUAGGCUCGCGGUCGGAUGCUGCUGUUAGGCAGAGGAGAGCCCGCAGUGGACGGGGAACCUCUCUGAACGAUAACUUUUUCAAACCCAGAGAUAGAGCCAUUACUGGGAAAGAGAUGCAGUCGAGAUCUAAGCGGCCGCAUGCAGAGGUGAAGAGGAAGAAAGAGGAGGAGAAGAAGAGGGAGGUGUGUUUGAGCAACAGGCAGCGAGUGGAACUUUUCAAAAAGGUAAUCUCUAAAUCUGUAUUUGCCAAAACACAGAUGAAUAGAACCAGGCUGAAUUUGGGUUUAGAACGAUGCAAAAGACAUUUAGAAUUUUUUUUCCUUUUAAGGGAGUGGUGCAGAGCAUAAAGAGUGAGAGAAGAUCUAAAGCAACCUGUUACACAUACAGCACAUGAUACUGACAGGGAGCGUGGAAUAACAUGAAUUCCUUCUUUCAUACGUAAGGGAGAAAAAUAUUGAUAUUAAGGGGCUGAAUAGAAUAAGAUGAACCUUAGCGCAAAGAAACUGGUCCUUGUGUUGUUUAAGCACCACACAUGCCUAUUUUGAUCUCCCGGAAGUUAUAUAGAUAUAUAUUCAGAAAUGAUGAGCUGAAUCAUCAAAUCCCUGAAAAUAUGGAACAAAGCAAAUAACCUCCAACCAGCGCGCCACAAUGUUAACAACUUGCCUGAGACAUUGAACAGAACAUUAAUCGUGUAUAUGACCCACAGGCAAUUAAGCAAGUGAUAACACAACCUUCCUCGAUAGGCUCAAUUAAACCUCGCAAACGGUGAAACGUUUUUCAGUAAUGGCAAACAAUGACUUCUUCUCUCUUCACGGCAGUGCAACUGUGGAAAGUAAAGUCUUUAAAUCACCCACCAAGUCCAUCACGGUUCACUGAGACGACUUUGAGUGGAACACGCGAAGGAUGAAGGAUAUCUAUAAACCGACCUUAGGAAGACAAUAACAAGGGGGUGGAUGGGAGGCACAGUGUAUUUCUGGGUAUUCUCCUGUUGAGGUAGACAAGUUGCGGGCUGGAUAACAUAUUACAAUAAAUAAUAUACAUGGGAGUCUGACAGUGAUUUAUUCCCUUUCGUAUUGUGCUCCAAUGAAGCAAUUGAAGUAGGAAUUCUCAUCCUUACGUGUGGUUACAGUUUCUCCAUUUUAAUUAAAUCUUCCCAGAUCUGAUGAUAAUAAUUGUACACUUAUAGGAAUAUUUUACAGCGUGCACUUUUACCUUUGGUAACUUGUCAUUGAGGUGAACUUUGAUUUAGUUCUGCUGAACCGAUCGUAAGUAACUCUGUAAAGAAACAUCAAAGGAAUGAGAUGCAGCAAUGACAAGAAAAAUGGAUGUAAAUGUAAUUUCUGCUUAUUUCUAAAAUGAGUCCCAUUAAACUGAUUGCUGUGAAAGGAUUUAUUGAGCUUUGCCUUCUCUUUAAGAGCAAUGAACUUAUUGUUCCACUAGAUGUCGCUGCUGCCAAACCUUUGCUAUUUUCUUGCACAUCUCCCAGGAGUUUGACUAGAAAAGCUGAUCUCAAAGAUGCAUUUUCUGCACAUGAGGUGGUUAUUACUUUUUUUUUUGUUACUACAUGAUCAAUAAUUAUUACCCAUGACAGAGUUUGAUUUGCUGGAGGAAUCGUAUGUUCGUUCUCUUUCCCGCUGCGCUCUCAUAAUGGAGCGAAACCGUGAACGGUCUCAUUGUGCUCAGAGUUUGUGAGACCUGUGUUCCCAUUGAAACAAAAUGCCCUUCAGUGGCAUAGAGAGCCACAGUGCAGUGCCACCAUUCAGCCGAGCUGCAGACAGUGUGGGUGUAAAACACACACGGCUGCUCCAGCCACACUGCUGCUGUGGCAGAUAACACAGAGAAGAGGGUGCGAUGCCAGUUGAUCAAGCAGGAUCCUGGAAAGAGGAGCUGGAAACCUGAACGUGUGGGUGAGAGGACGGAAGGGACGAGGUUUUGCUCCUCCGUCUGUGCAGGACUGUUUGAUUUCCAUGUGACGUUUUUUGUGCGUUCGCCUGGAUUGGAAAAAAAGGCCUCGUGGGUUUUGUGUGGACCAGACUGAUGAUCUACAGCCGCCAAGUGUUUUAGUAAUCUGAGUGUUUUGCUCUCU